AUCGAAAUAAAGGACGUAUUCGAAUUGCUUAACUACCCCUGUGUGUAUCAAAACUGCAAGAAAAAAUUCAGCAUCAGCGAAAAUGAGGAUUACAAAGGUACGCUGGAAACAAAUGUCAUAAGUAAAAUAGACAAAAAAAAUAUCGAAAAUUUUCAGCAGUACCAAAAAGAGUUGCAAAACAUGCUGGAAAAUAUUAAGGUGUUUAAUGAAAAGUACAGAAUGGAUGUUCCUUUGCUUUUUAUCAUCGAAAAUUUAAUCAGCUUACACUUAAUUAAUGAAUACAAAAUAAAUAACAUUGUGAAGAAAAUUCAGGACCAUAACAUUGCUAUGCCUGAGUUGAAGAGCGACUUGCCAAGUUACUUUGUCCAAACGUUAGAAGUGGAAGAAAGGGAAAAUGAAAGUGAAGGAGAACUGGGACGGAAGUUAAGCGAAAUGAGUAACUUAUCCAUUAAUAACAGUGUUGUUAAGGAUCUGCUAGAAACCUCACAUGUCAGAAUUAAUUUGUCUAAAUUGAGAGAACAGAAUGAAGAGAAUUAUUUCCACGCGGGGAGGCCAGUGUACAGCUCCAGCUACAAUUCAAAGUCAAAUGACCUUUUGGCAUUCAAAAAGGAGGAAGAGGGGGGAGGAAGUAGAGGAGGAGGAGCAGCAGCAGCAGGAGGGGGAGAUGAAGAUGCCCCUGGGGGGGGAGGUGUACACACUGCUGGGGAAGAAAACAGCCUCGCACAACAUAGGGAUGAAGAGGAUCCCAGCAAUAUGUCUGUGAGGAAAAAGGAGGAGAAGAAAAGCAUCAUUGAAAAUAUCGGGUUAUCCGAGGAAACGCUCAAGCUGCUUAAUUUGCUGCCCCAAAAGAGGAAGGCGGAGUGA